AAUAGAUCUCCCAACAGACCGGUGGUUGGUGGCUGUGUGCCUAUUGGACCUCAUGAUCCAGAGUUGAGGGAGUGCAAAAUAAUUUACCUUAUCACCACGGUUGAGCGUCGUUUAGUUAUAUCAAUCUGAGGAGGACUGUCAGUGCCUCACUAACACCCCUAACAAAUAGGAGAUUAUCAUCAUUAGUAGUAACAUUUAUUCGUAUUCCCCUUUUCUUCUUCUUUAAUCUGUAUAAUGUUUGAUAAUUCUCAAUAUCCUUAUAACUGUUUCAAUUAUGAUGGUGAUGACUAUCCCACAUGUAGCUCAGAUAAAGAGAAGAAAAUAUCCAGACCUGCAUACAGCUACAUAGCCCUCAUCGCUAUGGCCAUCCAGCAGAGUCCUGGAACCAAAGUUACCUUGUCUGGUAUCUAUGAUUUUAUCAUGAAGAAGUUCCCUUACUACAGAGCCAAUCAAAGAGCGUGGCAGAACUCCAUCCGACACAAUCUGUCACUUAACAGCUGCUUUGUAAAGGUUCCCAGAACAGAGGGCAACGAGAAAGGGAAAGGGAACUACUGGAUGUUUGCGACAGGCUGCGAAUCCAUGCUGGAUCUCUUUGAAAACGGGAACUACAGGAGAAGAAGGAGGAGGCGCAAUAUGAAAUCAGAAUACAGAGAUGAGACAGAUCAGAGUGAAGGGCCGUCAUCCCCAGAGCUGCCCUCUGCACUCGGGGGCUUCAACGACCACCAUCUGGGGACUGGGUCCAGGCAGCUGGAAUCGGACGGCUUCUGUCCCAGUGACACCGGCCAUCGGCAGGUUGAGGUGAACUCCAGCCUGCCAAAACCUGACUCUGAAAUCAAGUUCAGCAUUGAUUACAUCCUAUCAGCCCCGGAUCCAAUGCCAGGGCUGAGACCCCACUUCAGUGGGACGGUUAGUAAACUUCACCAGCUGGAGCCACAUCACAUCAACCUGCAUUUCUGGACAAUGUGAAACCAGAGUCAUGUCUUAGGAGAAAAGAGUUGGCAAUGGUUGAGAAAGCACUCUUUGAUGUGUACUGGUGAAAAGGUGAACACAGAAUAUAUUGGUAAAUUGAGUUAUUAAGACAAAAUAUGCAAAGCAACAAUUGUAUCCUUGACACAGUGUACAGUAAUCUAAUUUCUAAUUUCAGUUAAAAAAUGGGUUUUAACCAGAUUUCACAUGAAAAUUCUGUCAAAAAAUAUUUAACAAGACAGAACCGUAAAGUGUACUGUAUUAUUAACCAGCCAUUUUAAUAACUGGUGAUCCUUUUUGUAAAAGAAAAUUAAAUGAUGUUUCCUUUUUUGUGCGAUGAGUGAAAAUAUAAUUAAAAUAU